AUGGUUUUACUCAUGAAUGUUUGGUGUCGUUCUGUGGCGUCCAGUUUUGGACUACAUGCAAGUCGCAGUUGUCGGACGAAGUUGCAAAGAGUGACAUCCCCGACUGCUUCUGUCAGUGCAUAUACCAGUGUUAACAGAUUAUUCUGUACAAAUUUGAGAUAUAAGAGAGAUAAUAAUGUCAUACUAAUAGGAUGUCCUGGCUCAGGCAAGACAACUGUUGGCAAGAUUCUAUCAACACACUUGGCAAUGUCAGUACUUGAUUUUGAUAAUGAUAUUUUAGAACCAUAUUGGGAAAUGGCCGUAGGAGACAAGCUUUCACAAGUUGGCGCAGACAAGUUUCUUCAACUUGAAGGUGAUGUCUUGCUACAAUUUCAACAACAGAACCAUAUUAUUUCAUUAAGUGGAUCCAACCCUCUGCACCACACCGCCAUGAAACAUAUUUCAAAUUCAGGAAUUGUAGUUUUCCUUGAUGUGCAUAUUAAUGAUAUAAUAGCGAGGAUGGCAGAAAUGAAAGUGGAUCGGAUCGUCGGACAGGGAAAAGGGGUCCACAUGGAAGAUAUAUUAAAGUAUCGGUUGCAGUUUUAUGAAAAGUGGUAUGAUCUACGUGUAAUUUGUGCGAGAAAAGACAGCCCUGAAAUUGUCGCUGAAAAAAUCAUGAAAGGAUUGAAGCGUUAUCACACUAUGAGAAAUCAUAUAUCAACUCGGAGCAGUUCUAGUAAAUCAGCGACUGUGAACACUGAAGAAGGUCAUAAGAAUUUUUUGCAGGUAGUCAGAGAAGGUUUAGCUAGCGAUGGUGGACUUUACAUUCCCCAGACCAACAUCCCAUAUUUACAUGCAGAUCAGUGGAGUCGUUUGAUUGGCUGCUCUUAUCAGGAGAAAGCGUUGCGGAUUUUAGAGCAGUGGAUUCAUCCGGAAGAUGUUCAUCCACAGAAACUGAGAUCAAUGAUCGAUAAGGGUUACAAAAUGGAUAAUUUUAAUUGUCAGAAUGUCAUUCCAUUGGUUCAUCUGCGGAAUAAUCAAUAUCUGUUAGAACUGUUUCAUGGACCGACUGCAUCUUUCAAAGAUGCAGCCCUGCAACUCAUGCCACAGUUUUUCACAGAAGCUGUUAAGCGGUGUGAUAAUAACGCAAGGUAUUUAGUACUGGUGGCAACAUCCGGUGAUACUGGUAGCGCUGUCUUGGAUGGUUUCAGCAAGUACUCCGGUGACUCUGGCACUUUAGUGAUGGUGCUAUUUCCUGAAAAUGGCGUUAGUUUAGUACAGAAAACACAGAUGAGAGCUACACUCGGUGAUAAUGUACAUGUUGUUGGAAUUAAAGGUGAUUUUGAUUUCUGCCAGACAUCUAUUAAGAGUAUUUUUAACAACAUUGAAUUGUGCAAUCAACUGUUAGACCAGUACAACAUAAAACUGAGUGCUGCUAACUCCAUCAACUGGGGAAGGCUCCUUCCACAGGUAGUAUAUCAUGCUUCUGCUUAUCUGAAUCUUGUUAAUGAUGACAUCAUCAAAAUGAGUGAUCCCAUAGAUCUGUGUAUUCCUACUGGUAACUUCGGUAACAUGUUAGCUGCUGUUUAUGCAAAGGCUAUGGGAAUACCAAUUCGAAGACUGAUAUGUGCUUCAAAUAGUAACAAUGUCCUGACUGAUUUCUUCAAAACUGGUGUGUAUGAUUUAAGAUCAAGAAAUUUACAAACUUCAAUGUCUCCAGCCAUUGAUAUACUGAAGUCUUCUAACUUAGAAAGAUUUCUCUAUUUCAUCACCGAUGGCGAUGGUGAUACAGUGAGGAGUUAUUAUGCACAACUGGAAACAAAAAAAUAUUUUACAGUUUCAAAGGAGAUUCUUAACAAAAUUCAGUCUGAAUUUAUUGCUGAUUGGUGUAAUGAAGAAGAGUGUGCCACUACUAUUAGUAGUGUCUUCAAGGAAGAAGGUUAUUUGAUGGAUCCACACACUGCAGUUGGUAAAACAGUUGCAGAUAGGCACAAUAAUGAAGAUUGUCCAAUGGUUAUUGCAUCAACUGCCCAUUAUGCCAAGUUUGCUACCGAAGUGUUACAGUGCAUAGGAUUGGAUACACCCUCCGAUGACCCCAUUAGAUUAUUCAAACAGCUAGCAGCUCUUAAUCCUCGACCAGGAAUGCAUCAAGAACUGAAUAAUGCUUUGCACAAACCAGUUCACCACAGUGGUGUAAUUGAUGGCAACUUGAAUGAUGUUCGUCCUAGUGAGAUGCAUUGUCGUACAUGGGGAAGAUUACACAGGGGACCAAUCAAACUCUACCAAUGUCCUAGUGAGAUGCAUUGUUGUGCAUGGGGAAGAUUACACAGGGGACCAAUGAAACUCUACCAAUGUCGUAGUGAGAUGCAUUGUCGUACAUUGGGAAGAUUACACAAUGGACCAAUCAAACUCUACCAAUGUCCUAGUGAGAUACAUUGUCGUACAUGGGGAAGAUUACACAGGGGACCAAUCGAACUCUACCAAUGUCCUUGUGAGAUGCAUUGUGGUACAUGGGGAAGAUUACACAGGGAUCCAAUCAAACUCUACCAAUGUCCUAGUGAGAUACAUUGUUGUACAUGA